GCAGGGGCGGCUCGAUAAUGUCGGCAAGCAGCACCUCGUACCUGCCCUGCUCGUCGUUGAGCAGCGCCUCGGCGACGAUCUGGCCCACGAACCCGGCCGCGCCGGUGAUGAGGAUCUUCAGGCUGCCCGGCGGGCGCGGCUUGCUCGAGGACGCGGGAGCGGCGACGUGGCGCGCGGAGCGAUGCAUUGUGGGCAGCUUGUAGAGCUAGCUGGGGCUUAUCCGAGGUUGCCAAAGGGGGAAGAGUAGCCAGGGAUUGUCGAGAACAAGAGAGUUCUAGACGGCUACCUGAUGGACGUGGGUGUUACACAUGAGGUCGACACUACGACCGCACUCAGCUCCGGCUUUCGGGCAGCACCCCCCUCUUUCCCCGCGCGGAGGUCACUCAUGCAACGGGCCAGCAGCGGGCGCUGCCGCCGGCGCCGGUGGAGCUGCCGGGCUAUGCUCGUGCUACAAUGUGCCGAGGGCGCGAAGAGGGGAGCUGUCGUGGACACGCAGUUGUCGUCCUGCGCACUGCUGAGCGGUGCAGUGACGUACAGCGAAAGCUUCUUGUGUGCCCUGCCAGCUCAUGUCUCGAGGCUCAGAAUCCCAACUGUGUUGUUGCAGCGUAUUCAAUGCUCUCCUUCGUUCCAAGUUGAAGCUCAGUCUACGUCACUCGGGUUGGACAUGCCCACCCACACUGCUCUUCCCCACACAGACCCACUCUCCGUCCGCCCCCACAAAACCAGACUCAAGCCAACCUUGAGAUCUCCCAACAUCAAUCGUCCUUCCACCUCAAGUGCUUCGGUGACGCACAAAACCUGGCUUUCGCCGCAAUUCAAAACCCAACAGUCUAUUUUGUGCGAGAUGCAACAUUGUAGAAACUCUUUUUUUCCGGUGGCACACAAGUCACUCCUAACCAGUGCCGUUGAGCCGUGGCCCAGCCAGUCCUUGCCUGCUAAUGCUGCCCAAAGGACUGUGGGAGUCACCUUUUUCGAUAUGCUCAUUCAAGUUGUGAUGUAGCAGCGGUGGCAUCUUUUCCCCGACCAGAGACGAUAAUGCCAAAUCCACACAGAGCAAAUGGACUCGUCCAAACAAAAAUGAAUCGUGCUGCGGUCGUAGCAUGUGUCUGAC